AUGAGUGUCGACGCAGACGGAAUUAUCAUUAAUCAGCUUUCCAUUCUUGGCUACAAGCAAGCUGGAGCCAUCCAGAAUCUUUCGGCCAUCACAACUGACAAGAUGAUUGAUGUCUUAAGAUUCCUUUUCUCACUAUUUCCAGAUAUCGGUAAGACUCCACCACCUCCAAAGAGCAGCGCUACCCUUUAUAAAUAUGCAACAGACAUGAUAGAAAAGAUUGUUGCAAAGGGAUAUCCAACAUCUUUAGGAUAUGAUGCUAUUUUAUACCCACAGAUCGAAAAAACACGUGCAGUCAUUUCUUUCUUGCUUGAAAAAGUCCCACGUUCAAACAAUGAUGUUGCUAAAUCUGUUGCUGUUACAUCUCCAAGCGCAUUAGCAAUUAAGGCCGCUCAAGAUGAAUUCAACGCAUGCAAGACAUUAAAAGUCCGUUCAUACGUUGUUCAGUCACUUAAGGAAGUCCUUAAGCCAGCUGGAAUUGAAGAUUCUAAGAAGAUUGCUGAGUUUUCAUUAAUGCCAAAGCAGCCAUUCAUUGAAGAGCCAAUCUUACCUAACUCUGGCAUUCCUUUCAACACACAGCUCAAGAAGAACUCAUUAGCUUCUCUUCUUGCCUUCAAUGAUCGUGAAGUUGAUAUUGAUCAGUUCGAUUUCAGCAAAGAGAAGCCAUCAACAACUAAGCUUCAAAAUAUCGCAUCCCGUGCCUUCCAAGUUUCAUCUACUCCAGCGGAAGUCGUAGCUGUUGCAAUGAAACCAACAAUUUUACCAUCUACAAAGGCCAGAUCACGUAUUGCCAAUCAGGCCCGUUUCGACUACCACUCCCAAGAUACAAAGAUCGGCCAAAACGCCGCUUCUACCCUUACAACAGCUGCCGUCGCAUCUACAACAGGAAUCGAGAGGAGCGCAAGCAAGGACAAAGUUGAUCUUGCAGAGAAAGUGGAAGAAGCCGCUCCAGCAGCUCCUGUUGUUCCGAAAUUAACAGUAAAACAAGAAAAGCAAAUCAGAGAAGAGCAAAGCAAGGAAAUGGUCGAAAUCCGCGAGUUAAUCAACAGAACAGAAUCCUCAGCCGCAGAAAUCGAAAGCCAAAUCGAAUCAAACAAGGACGAAAUCAAGAGAAUCAACGAAUUACUCGAAACAGUCAAAGAAGAAAAUACAAGGCUCGCAAACGAAGUCGACAAGGCCACCAAGAUGGCUGAAAUCGCAAAGUCCGAUCCAACACAAAUACGCGCUUUACAGAGAGAUUUCGUCGAUUCGAUGGCCUCUCUUCUUGAAAUUGCCAGAGAGUUCGAACCGAAGAGAUCCGCCCUUAUCAACGAAUACAGAAGCCUUUCUACGGCCAUCAGGACAAGAACUGAUGAUUAUCAGCGCCAGAUGACAAAACUUGCCAAACUUAAACGCCAAAUCCAAGAAGGUGAAGCCAAAUUGGCCACAGAUGCCGAGGCUAUCUCCAAUCUCGAGAAAGCCAUGGAAAACAGAGGAGAACAGAAACCAAGAUCUCAUUACAUCGAUUCCAUCUUCCAGAUCAUCAAGACCAUCGAGAAACAAGAGGCUGACGUAGAGAGAAUCAGAUCAGAUAUCCGUAACCAACAUAAUACAAUGAAUAACACGAUUUCCAAGGUAAAAAGAACUUGGAUGUACAUCGACGAAAUGGUCUAUACAGAGGCAAAGACGCCAAACGGAGAGUGGGCAAAGAUGAUGUACAAGACAAUCGUAGAGUUACUUGUCUUAUUCGAAGGAAUUUCUGAAGGAAUUGAAACUUCUGGUAAAAUCUCUGCACAGAUCAUGGAACUCGAUACAAAGAUCGACAGAGCCGAGACACAAAUCGACAGAAACGCACUCGAGAGAAUCGAAGAGGACCUUGCAAACGUAAAGAAGGAAAUCGCUGCUCGCUCGAAGUAA